AAAACAAAGCAGGCUGAUGAGGUUGAUAUUUGUUCUUUUUUUACGUUAAAUAUUAAUAAUCUUCCGGAUUGGAUUGCAGAAUGUGUAUUCCGGAUGCUGAACCUGAACGAACCUUUGGAUCAAAGCGGCGGCGCGGAAUGUUUCAAGGUCUUGAUCUACGACGAUUUUUGUAAGGAUGUUAUCGCUCCCUUAAUCAGUGUGAAGGAUCUUCGUCGUCAAAGAGUUACACUCCAAUUACACAUCCAUGAUAACGAGCGACAGCAUGUUCCUACUGUAGCUGUGUACUUUGUUCAACCCACUGAAACCAACAUUCAGAGAAUCAUAGCAGAUGUUUCUUCAUCUCUCUAAGAUACCUUUCAUCUGAACUUCUCCUCCUCCAUCCCCCGUCCGCUCCUCGAAAAUCUAGCUUCAGGGACUCUCCACCAUUCCGGUGGUUCCAUUGAAAGAGUGCAUGAUCAGUAUUUGGAGUUUGUCACUUUGGAGGACAGCUUGUUUUCCUUGUCACAACACUCUGUCUAUGCUCAGCUGAACGAUCCAUCAGCAACAGGCAGAGGAGAUAUUGAGGAGAUGGUCGAAAAGAUUGCUAAUGGCCUCUUUCAUGUCUUGGCAACGCUUGGUGUGGUGCCUGUGAUCAGAUGUCCUGUUGGAGGACCAGCGGAGAUGGUGGCACUUUCAUUGGAUACCAAACUCAGGCAUCAUCUUCUUUUGUCCAAAAACAACAGUCUCAUGACCUCCCGGCCUUUGUUGUGCAUUUUUGAUAGAAACAUUGACCUCGCUGUCGGGAUUCAACACGAUUUCAGAUACCGGCCUCUUGUUCACGAUCUUCUGGGUCUCAAGCUCAACAGUUUGAUCAUUCCAGGUGCACAAAAGAAGAAAAUAUUAUUUUAGACACUUCUUCUGACCCCUUUUGGUCCGCCAACGCUUCUCUUGAGGAGUCGCUUCAGAGAUCGAAGCUCAUUUGAACAAGUACAAGGAAGACGUGGAGGAGGUGAGCAGGAGAACCAGCGGUGGUACCACUAGCACUGAUCUGAUUGGUGGGGGGAACACCAAGCAUCUGAUGGAUGCUGUGAACUCACUUCCAGAGUUGACAAGCAGAAAGCAGGUGAUUGACAAGCACACAAACAUAGCCACCUUUCUCCUAGGACAGAUCAAGGAGCGGUCUCUGGAUGUGUACACUACCAAAGAGAAUGCCAUGAUUAAGGGAGCCAGGAUUAACCUCAGUGAUCUCCUUUCUGUUUUGAAAACCAAAGGCACCAAGAUGGACAAGGUACGCUUUGCCAUCAUGUACCUCUUAUCCUUGGAUACCCUUCACCAGCCUGAUCUUGAAGCCGUGGAACUGGCCUUGCGUGAGGCUGAGGCUGAUACAAGCGCUUUUCUGUAUCUCAAAAAGAUCAAGUCCCUGAACGUGUCUUUGGCAGCAUCGUCUUCUGCAAACUCAGCCAGCAGAAGCAACAUUGUUGAUUGGGCUGGGAUGCUCUAUGAUCAAUCAAUUAACGCUGUCACUGCAGGAGUCAAGAAUCUCUUAACCGGUGAUCAGCAACUGGCUGUGGCGCGGACUGUUGAAGCUUUAGCCGAGGGAAAACCCAACCCCGAAACAGACUCAUACCUUUUCCUCGAUCCCAGAGCUUCAAAAUCUGGCUCUACUAGCCAUGUGAUGGGGGGGGGAUUCAGAGAAGCGAUUGUUUUCAUGGUCGGUGGGGGUAACUACAUUGAAUAUAGCAGUUUGCAGGAGCUCUCGCAGCAGCCUCAGGGGACGCUCAAGAACAUUAUCUAUGGAGCCACAGAGAUCCUUAAUGCAACUCAGCUCGUCGAGCAGCUCGCCAUCUUGGGACAAAAGAUAGGACUGGGAUAAGAGAGCGGGUCUUGUCAGCUUCUGAGAUAUAAAUUUACAAGUAGUUCACUUGAACCGCUUCCUUGUCAGUGUGAGCUCCUUGACCAUUUCAGUAUAUCUCUUUUAAUUGUUCAUGCUUUCUUGGUGCUCUUCUAUAGGGUAUAUCUCCCCUGCAAGUGUUUCUUGUGGGUUUAAGUUUAAAUAAAAACACAAUGUAAGAGAUUUUAUGUUGGUGUCCCCUUGUUCUGGCUUUUUUUUU